AUGGGUCUUAUGGACACGCGCACGAUACUUUCCACACUCUACUCAGGCACGAUACUUUCCACACUCUACUCAGGCACGAUACUUUCCACACUCUACUCAGGCACGAUACUUUCCACACUCUACUCAGGCACGAUACUUUCCACACUCUACUCAGGCACGAUACUUUCCACACUCUACUCAGGCACGAUACUUUCCACACUCUACUCAGGCACGAUACUUUCCACACUCUACUCAGGCGCGAUACUUUCCACACUCUACUCAGGCACGAUACUUUCCACACUCUACUCAGGCACGAUACUUUCCACACUCUACUCAGGCACGAUACUUUCCACACUCUACUCAGACACGAUACUUUCCACACUCUACUCAGGCGCGAUACUUUCCACACUCUACUCAGGCACGAUACUUUCCACACUCUACUCAGGCACGAUACUUUCCACACUCUACUCAGGCGCGAUACUUUCCACACUCUACUCAGGCACGAUACUUUCCACACUCUACUCAGGCGCGAUACUUUCCACACUCUACUCAGGCACGAUACUUUCCACACUCUACUCAGGCGCGAUACUUUCCACACUCUACUCAGGCGCGAUACUUUCCACACUCUACUCAGGCACGAUACUUUCCACACUCUACUCAGGCACGAUACUUUCCACACUCUACUCAGGCACGAUACUUUCCACACUCUACUCAGGCACGAUACUUUCCACACUCUACUCAGGCACGAUACUUUCCACACUCUACUCAGGCACGAUACUUUCCACACUCUACUCAGGCACAAUACUUUCCACACUCUACUCAGGCACGAUACUUUCCACACUCUACUCAGGCACGAUACUUUCCACACUCUACUCAGGCACGAUACUUUCCACACUCUACUCAGGCGCGAUACUUUCCACACUCUACUCAGGCGCGAUACUUUCCACACUCUACUCAGGCGCGAUACUUUCCACACUCUACUCAGGCGCGAUACUUUCCACACUCUACUCAGGCGCGAUACUUUCCACACUCUACUCAGGCGCGAUACUUUCCACACUCUACUCAGGCGCGAUACUUUCCACACUCUACUCAGGCGCGAUACUUUCCACACUCUACUCAGGCACGAUACUUUCCACACUCUACUCAGGCACGAUACUUUCCACACUCUACUCAGGCACGAUACUUUCCACACUCUACUCAGGCACGAUACUUUCCACACUCUACUCAGGCACGAUACUUUCCACACUCUACUCAGGCACGAUACUUUCCACACUCUACUCAGGCACGAUACUUUCCACACUCUACUCAGGCACGAUACUUUCCACACUCUACUCAGGCACGAUACUUUCCACACUCUACUCAGAGCUUGUUAUCGAGACCAAGAAUCUGCUGGAGGAAAAGCACGGGCCAUUGGUGACUGAGGAGAUCCCGACACAGUCUACGACGGUGCAAGAAAGUCUUCAAGACCGGCGAUGCACCUGCAGGAGACUCCUUAACUAUCUGCGACUGUGCCAAAACCGUCUUGACACCUGCAGAAGACUCCCAGACUUUCUGCAACGAUAUCAUGACCGUCUGGCCACCUGGAGGAAACUUCCAGACAGUCUGCAACGGUGCCAGACAGUCUUUUUUAAUCGGCGGGACAGCUCCAGGAGACUCCGAGACAGUGUGCGACGGCGCCAAGACUGUCUGUGA